AUGGCGAUCGACGACUCGUUGCAAGCGCGCAUCACCACCGACUGUCCGGAGGAGACCCGACAAAUCCUCCUCCACGCCUGGAGCCAUGAUGUUUCCGAGCUAAAGAAGCUCCUCGAUGCCCCUGGCAAAGCAAGCGUGCAAGACCCCACGACCGGCGAGACACCUCUCCAUGCCGCGAUCCGCGCAUGCGGACCUGCAAAGGAGAAUGGUGAUAUCGAGGAGGCCAAGGAGACGGUCUACGAGCUCUUCCUUAAAGGCGCCAUCUGGAACGACGUCGAUGCCAACAACGAGACACCAGGCUGCCUUGCUCAGCGCCUGGGCCAAAGUGAGCUCUACAAGCUCUGCGUAGAGGCUGGCGUGCGCGCCGAGCUGCUGUUCGGCUUGCUGGACGGCUACGAGGAGUUGGGCUCUCAGAUGGACGAAGACGAGGAGUUGGAGGUGAUCGAGGAAGCCGAAGCCAUGGAGGCUGACGUUCAAGAUGGUGAAGAGGCCCCCGAGCUCGUCGAGGUGGAGAAGAAGUUCGUACCGCCGACGGUCGCCGACCCGGACGUCAAAUCGGAAGAGUACCUCCGCUCAAAUCUGACCUACUCAGACGGCAAGCUUGUCGAUGACGGCGGCAACGGCGUCAUGAUGGCCUGGGAGACAGAAAUCAUGCGCAGGAGCGUCGACGCUGUCCUCCCUGGCCUGGCUGUUGGCAAGCGGAUCCUCAACGUCGGCUUCGGUAUGGGCAUCAUCGACGCCAUGUUUGCCGAGACCAAGCCCUCCAGACACCAUGUCGUUGAGGCGCACCCCGAGGUGCUCGAGCACAUCGACAAGUCCGACUCCAAAUUCGGGGCAGCGUGGGAGGCGAGUGGACCCGAGGAGGGCGCAUACAAGAUCCACCGCGGACGCUGGCAGGAUAUCGUGCCCAAGCUACUGGAGGAGGGUGAAAUUUACGAUGCCAUCUACUUCGACACUUUCGGCGAGGACUACGGCCAGCUGAAGAUGUUCUUCACGGAGUUCAUACCUGGCUUGAUGGACGAGGCAGGCCGUUUCAGCUUCUUUAACGGCCUUGGAGCUGACCGCAAGAUAUGCUACGAUGUUUAUACCAAGGUUGUGGAGAUGCACAUGGCCGAUGCAGGCCUGGACAUCGAAUGGGAUGAAAUGGACGUCGACAUGAAGGGUCUGGAAGAGGCAGGCAAGGGCGAGUGGGAAGGUGUGAAGCGCCGGUACUGGACUUUGGACAAAUUCCGACUGCCGACGUGCACAUUCCUGGGUUAA